ACAGCCUUGACGCUGCAUCUCAUAUCCGCAAAACUCGUAGUCGUCAUCAGACGAGCCAACUGUGGCCUGGGCUUCUGGAGAUGAGCCUUUUGGCAAUCUGAGCAAGGGUGAAAUGAUAAUAAUCAAAGGCACAUAGACGCGCCGCCCACUCGCUCGAGGCACCGUCACCUGCGUUUGUUCCUGCUGGUGCUGUCAAACUUCAUCAUGUUGUUCUUCCUUCAGUCUUUCACCGCCUUCGUGGCGGUAGUACACUCGUUUCCCAUUUCUGCCGACUCACAGGCACAACAAGCACAAGAAGAAGGUCAGGUCUCCAAGCGACAGGCCGGAUAUCCAUAUGAUUACUAUCCAUAUGGAUCAUAUCCGCAAUCAUCGUACCCACCGUAUUCAUCAUACCCACCGUACUCUCCAUACCCACAGUCUUUACCAUACCCUACAUACCCCACCGUCGCAGGACAACCACAGGGCCCCGGCCUCAUUCCCGAAGGAGGCCCAGGAGCACUGACGCCCUUAGAGGCCGGAUCUGCCAAGUCUCCCGCGGGCGUCAACCUGUGCUCUGACCCCAAAAGCAUCGACUACAAAAUCAACUGCAAUGGCGGCGAAUAUACCAAGACGACCGUCGUAGACGGAUUCCAUUCGGUCCACGAAGAAGGUUCUUUCAGCACAUGGAAAUACGGCGAUCCCAAAGGAGAAUUCUACCAGCCUUUUGAAACUUUCGGAUCCAACGGCCAGAGCCAGGACUCAGGAGAUAGUGAGGGUGGUGGUGGUGGCGGAGGAGGAAGCUCCGGUUGCGUAGACGGCUUCGACUCGGAAGGUCUUCCAUGUGGCAACAAUGGAGGAGGAGGAGACAACGGAAACAACGGAAACAAUGGCGGUGGCGGCGGCGGUGGCGGCAGUUCUGGUAUCCCCGACGACAACGGAAACAACAACAACGGCGGUGGCGACAACAACGGAGGAGGAGGUAACAACAACAACAACAACAACAACAAUGGUGGUGGUGGUGGCGGCAACAACAACAACGGAGAUGGCGGCGACUGUGUAGACGGCGUCGACUCCAACGGUGACCCUUGCGGCGGCGACGACGGGAACUCGACCGUCAACGCCAACGUCAACGCCAAAGUCAACUUGAACAACAAGCCUGUGCGACUCUUCUAGUAAUAGUAGUAGUAGUAGUAGUAUUAGAAUCAACCCUGUAAUGUAUGGGGUUGGUUGGUUGAUGGAUGGAUGAGUGAGGUGGGGGAAAUCUCUAUCUCUGCUGCUGCUGCUGAUGAUGAGGAGACUCUUUUGUGUUUAUUGUGUAAUUUUUAAAAAGAAACCAAAAAGAAAAAAAA